AGGGGGGGGGAGGAGGAGGAGGAGGAGGGGGAGCAGGAGGGUCCGGGCCUUCCCCCCCUCCCCCCCGGCGGCUCGGAGCGCGGCGGGGGCGCGCCGGGGGCCCGCAGGAGGGCGGCGGCGGCGGGGGGCGCGGGGCCCGCCGCGGGGCUGAGCCCCGGCGCUGGCGGGCGGCGGCGGCGGGCGGCGGCGGAGGCAGCGGCCGCCUCGGCGCUCGGUGGCUGCGCUCCGCUCCCUGGUGUGUUGAUUCUUCCCCCAGCUGCUGCCUAAUGGAGUCCAGGCGCUCGCGUCACAGGAAAUGCCUAUACUGCCCUCCUCACUCACUUCCGGUGGCAGGUAUGGAGCCUAUGGGGGGCCUGUCAGGCGGCACGUGCGCCGGGCGGCGGGGCGGGAGGACCGCGGACGCGACCCUGACCCCGGGCCCGACGCCCCCGACGCCCCCGACGCCCCCGACCCUGGCCCCGCGUGAACGCGGCCUCGACCGCGACCCCGGCCCCGCCGCCCCCGACUCCGGCCCCGCGCGGACGCGGCCUCGACGGCGACCUCGGUCCCCGCCCCGACGCCCCCGACCCCGGCCCCGCCCGGAUGCGGCCCCGACCCCGACGGCCGCCUUAGCAGCAGUGGCGGUGUAAUCGCAAGGUGACUCACAUUGGAUUAUUUAUUCUCCUGAGACAGACCCGAGUGCCAGCUAAGAAUCGUAGGGCACCGUCCCUGUAGCCAGCAGAGCCUGAAUUACUGGAUGGUUAACACCUUCAGAGAUCCCUGUUUGUAUGUUCACUUGAGCCUACCUUAUUAUUAUUAAGGGUUGUUCAGAAUAAUUUGUUAGGCUCCUAACAGUGUUGAGGACAAGCUUCUGGGUGAAGCGCAUAGCUUUCCUAAGGAAAUGACUGUUUACACGUGGGGGUGAUCACUCACACGCCUAGUGUGCGCAGACGUUUUCUCAAAAGUGUCUGCGUGGCUGCUCAGUGGUCACUUAGUGAUCACUGCAUAUAGGGCUCAUACUUCAUUAACAAAAAUAAA